AUGGCUCACCUGGGUGAACGUAAAUGGACUCACGUGUUCCCUUUUCUGGUGGUCUCCCUGGUGUACUCUGUCAGUGCUGAAUACUCCAACUGCGGCGAGAAUGAAUACUACAACCAGACCACAGGCAUGUGCCAUGACUGCCCCAAGUGCGAGCCAGGCGAAGAGCCUUACAUGACAUGUGGAUAUGGCACCAAAGAUGAGGACUAUGGCUGCAUUCCUUGCCCUUCAGAGAAAUUUUCCAGAGGUGGUUACCAGAUAUGCAGGCGGCACAAAGACUGCGAGGGGUUUUUUCGAGCCACAGUCAUGACACCUGGAGAUCAGGAGAAUGAUGCAGAGUGUGGCCCUUGUCUCCCAGGUUACUACAUGCUGGAAAACAGACCUCGCAACAUAUACGGGAUGGUGUGCUACUCGUGCCUGCUGGCGCCUCCUAACACCAAAGAAUGCACUGGGGCUACCUCUGGCAUUUCGUCCAUUUUUCCAAGUACCUCUGGCACAAGCACUUUCUCUCCUUACCAGCAUGCUCACAAAGAUCUUUCAGGACAAGGACAUCUGGCUACAGCUCUUAUAAUUGCAAUGUCUACCAUCUUCAUAAUGGCUAUUGCCAUUGUCCUUAUCAUCAUGUUUUACAUUGUGAAGACAAAACCUUCUGCUCAAGCUUGCUGCAAGAGCCACUCAGUAAAAAAUGUUGAAGCUCAGGCUAACACACAAGAAGAGAAGAAAGAAGUGCAAGAAAAUGUUGUGAUAUUCUCUGAGAAGGAAGAGUUUGAAAAACUUACAGCAGCUCCAGCUAAGACUGUUAAAAGUGAAAAUGAUGCAUCUUCUGAGAAUGAACGACUUCUAAGCCGUAGUAUGGAUAGUGAUGAAGAAGCUGCAGUUGACAAGCAAGGGACUCCAGAGAGAUGCUUGUUAUCUUUAGUGCAUUUGGCCAGAGAUAAAUCUUCUACAAGCAAUAAAUCAACUGGGAUUCAGAGUCGAAGGAAAAAGAUACUUGACGUGUAUGCCAACGUAUGUGAUGUUGCAGAAGGCCUGAGCCCUACAGAGCUGCCAUUUGACUGCCUGGAGAAGACCAGCCGAAUGCUCAGCUCGACCUACAACACAGAAAAAGCCAUCGUGAAAACGUGGCGCCACCUUGCCGAGAGCUUUGGACUGAAGAGGGAUGAGAUAGGUGGUAUGACAGAUGGCAUGCAGCUAUUUGAUCGCAUCAGCACGGCAGGUUACAGCAUCCCAGAACUGCUCACCAAACUGGUGCAAAUUGAGCGGUUGGAUGCCGUCGAAUCCUUGUGUGCAGAUAUUCUGGAGUGGGCACAAGCAAUGCCUGCUCCUGAACCAGCAGGGACUUCCUGA